ACAGUUAGUGGGGGAGGUGGACACAAAUCAAAUUAUUCCAAUUGGGUACAAAACUGGUAAAAGAAACGUGGGAUGUUCCCUCUCCAGUUAGAAUGUUUGUCACACUAGGGCACCUCGGUAAAAAACCCGUUCUCCCUACUGGCCGAGAAUCCCCUAUUCGUUUGGUCUUCUCGAAACACUUUCUGGCUAAAGUACGCUCCUCAGAAGUAUUUAGGUACCCUGGCUUGGGUGCUUGGACACUGGGAAUAGCGGAGCCAACUAGGAACAGGGUAGAAAUAUAGAGCCCCGGCCUCCUUUUCCACCCCAAUCUAGAAGCGGUAAGUGGAGCGCCUGGCCCUCGCGCCUGCUGUUCCGCGUCAGGCAGUAGGCAGGUCUGGCUUUGGGGUUCCGCUUCUAGUUUGAGGGCAAAAAAGUUGGAAAGGCUUCCGCCUGCGUUUCCGGGGGUAGUUCAGAAGAACCCACCUCCUGGUUGGCCGCGUUAAGCUACAGUAGGCUGGGUUCUUCUGGAAAACUGGUCUAGGUGGUGACCGACGUCUUUGCCUUGGAGGGUCCUAGUCUGCGACCAGGAGGUGGGCGGUGGAGAAGGGGCGGGCCGUAAGGCAGACUCGCCUUCUGGUUGGCUGCAGUGAGAGGCGAAAGGGACCUUUGGAAAGAGGUUCGUGUUUGUCCACGGGACUGUGGGCGGGGUUUAGGCCUCCGGGGCUGAGGUGUGGUUCUGCGCCUGCGCGGGCGGCCGUCUGUUUGCAGCUAUCGUCAGUUCCCAGGCAGGUGGCUGUUCUAUCGGGCCCGGCAUCGUAAUGCGGAGGCUGCAGGUAGUGCUGGGCCACCUGAAGGGCCAGCCCGAUUCCGGCUGGGCGCCUCAGGCUGCGCCAUGCUUGAGCAGCGACCCGCGGGCCUCGGCAGCGGACGUAGUGGUGGUGCACGGUCGGCGCACGGCCAUCGGCAGAGCGGGCCGUGGUGGCUUCAAGGACACCACCCCCGACGAGCUACUCUCAGCAGUCAUGACGGCGGUUCUCCAGGAUGUGAAGCUGAGGCCUGAGCACCUGGGGGACAUCUGUGUAGGAAAUGUGCUUCAGCCUGGGGCCGGGGCAGUCAUGGCCCGAAUUGCCCAGUUUCUGAGUGACAUCCCAGAGACUGUGCCUUUGUCCACUGUCAAUAGACAGUGUUCAUCGGGGCUACAGGCAGUAGCCAGCAUAGCUGGUGGCAUCAGAAAUGGGUCUUAUGACAUUGGCAUGGCCUGUGGGGUGGAAUCCAUGUCCCUGGCCGACAGAGGAAACCCUGGAAAUAUUACUUCCCGCUUGGUGGAGAAUGAGAAGGCCAGAGAUUGCCUGAUUCCUAUGGGGAUAACCUCAGAGAAUGUGGCUGAGCGGUUUGGCAUUUCACGGGAGAAGCAGGAUACCUUUGCGCUGGCUUCCCAGCAGAAGGCAGCAAGAGCCCAGAGCAAGGGCUGUUUCCAAGCUGAGAUUGUGCCUGUGACCACCACAAUCCAUGAUGACAAGGGUACCGAGAGGAGCAUCACUGUGACCCAGGAUGAGGGUAUCCGCCCCAGCACUACCCUGGAGGGCCUGGCCAAACUGAAGCCUGCCUUCAAGAAGGAUGGCUCUACCACAGCUGGAAACUCUAGCCAGGUGAGUGAUGGGGCAGCUGCUAUCUUGCUAGCCCGGAGGUCCAAGGCUGAAGAAUUGGGCCUUCCCAUCCUUGGAAUUCUGAGGUCCUUUGCAGUAGUUGGGGUCCCUCCUGACAUCAUGGGCAUUGGACCUGCCUAUGCCAUCCCUGUAGCUUUGCAAAAAGCAGGACUGACAGUGAAUGAUGUGGACAUCUUUGAGAUCAAUGAGGCCUUUGCUAGCCAGGCUGUCUACUGUGUGGAGAAACUAGGACUCCCUCCUGAGAAGGUGAACCCUCUAGGAGGUGCAGUGGCUUUGGGCCAUCCACUGGGCUGCACUGGGGCCCGGCAGGUCAUCACACUGCUCAACGAGCUGAAGCGCCGUGGGAAGAAGGCAUAUGGAGUGGUAUCCAUGUGUAUUGGAACUGGAAUGGGAGCUGCUGCUGUCUUUGAAUACCCAGGGAACUGAGUGGGGGCCCAGGUGAGAGGCGCUACGCAUAUAGCCCUGCUUUAGCAGCAGGGGCACAACACUACAGAAGUGAAACCACAUGGGAAAAUUCAGCACUGCUGGUGGUGGAAGCAGAGAAAUGAAAGCAAACUAAUUUGGAAAAUAUGAACGCUGAUGACACAGUAUAGGAGUGGGUGGGGUGUUGGGUCAUCCCCUUUUAGGCCCCCUAUAGCUGGGCCAAAGUCAGCCUGGUUUAUCUAGGCUAUAAGGCUAUCAUGUAAUUCCUGGGAAAGGGAGAUUUAUGGAUGAGGACUGUGAUGGCUGUAGUAAAUGUGUGCUAACCUA